AUGCAGAGGUCCCCCCUGGAGAAGGCGAACAUCUUCUCCAAACUUUUCUUCAGAUGGACAAAACCAAUUUUGAGAAAGGGUUACAGACGACGGUUGGAACUGUCAGAUAUUUAUCAAAUCCCUUCUGCGGACUCUGCUGAUAAUCUUUCUGAAAAACUAGAAAGAGAGUGGGACAGAGAGCUGGCAACUUCAAAGAAAAAGCCCAAACUUAUUAACGCUCUUCGACGAUGCUUCUUCUGGAAGUUUAUGUUCUAUGGAAUAAUAUUAUAUUUAGGGGAAGUCACUAAAUCUGUGCAACCCCUUCUGCUGGGAAGAAUAAUAGCAUCCUAUGAUCCAGACAACUCCGAUGAAAGAUCCAUAGCUUACUACCUAGGCAUUGGCUUGUGCCUUCUCUUCCUUGUGAGAACACUACUCAUACACCCGGCUAUAUUUGGUCUUCAUCAUAUAGGAAUGCAAAUGAGAAUAGCUAUGUUUAGCUUGAUUUAUAAGAAGAUUUUAAAACUGUCAAGCAGAGUUCUAGAUAAAAUAAGUACUGGGCAAUUGGUCAGCCUUCUUUCUAACAAUCUGAACAAAUUUGAUGAGGGUCUUGCUCUGGCUCAUUUUGUGUGGAUUGCACCUUUACAAGUGGCACUGCUGAUGGGACUGCUCUGGGAUAUGUUAGAAGCCUCUGCAUUUUCUGGACUUGCUUUGCUAAUAGUCCUGGCCCUUUUCCAAGCCUGGUUGGGACAAAGGAUGAUGAAAUACAGGAAUAAGAGGGCGGGAAAGAUCAAUGAGAGACUUGUCAUCACCUCAGAAAUAAUUGAAAAUAUACAGUCAGUUAAAGCUUAUUGUUGGGAAGAUGCAAUGGAAAAAAUGAUUGAAAGCAUCCGUGAAACUGAACUGAAGCUAACACGAAAAGCUGCUUAUGUGAGAUAUUUCAACAGCUCAGCCUUCUUCUUUUCAGGGUUUUUUGUGGUGUUUUUAGCUGUCCUUCCAUAUGCUGUGAUUAAAGGAAUUAUUCUCCGCAAAAUAUUUACCACCAUUUCCUUCUGCAUUGUUCUUCGAAUGUCAGUGACCAGGCAGUUUCCUGGGUCCGUGCAGACCUGGUAUGACUCUAUUGGAGCAAUAAACAAAAUACAGGAUUUCUUGCUGAAAAAAGAAUAUAAAGCCCUGGAGUAUAAUCUAACAACCACUGGAGUUGAGCUGGACAAAGUAACAGCUUUUUGGGAUGAGGGAAUUGGAGAGCUGUUUGUAAAAGCAAACCAGGAAAACAACAACAGCAAAGCUCCUGGCACUGACAACAAUCUCUUCUUCUGUAAUUUUCCCCUUCAUGCCUAUCCUGUUCUUCAGGAUAUAAACUUUAAGAUUGAGAAGGGAGAGUUAUUAGCUGUUUCUGGAUCUACUGGAGCAGGCAAGACUUCUCUUCUGAUGUUGAUAAUGGGAGAAUUGGAGCCUUCGCAGGGUAAAAUUAAACACAGUGGAAGGAUAUCCUUUUCACCUCAAGUCUCUUGGAUCAUGCCUGGAACCAUAAAAGAAAACAUUAUUUUUGGUGUAUCCUAUGAUGAAUAUCGAUACAAGAGUGUCAUCAAAGCCUGCCAACUAGAAGAG